AUGACUGAAGAGAAGUGGAUGUGGUAUUUAUUGGGGGGCCUUGCCGCCGUUCAGCGGUCGCAAUCGGUAUCCACAGUUGCACAGCUGCAUACACAGUUACUCAGCUCAGGCACAAGCACAAGCACGAGGCGGGACACGAAGCACGAGACGGACACGAAGCACGAGACGGACACGAAGCACGAGACGGACACGAAGCACGAGACGGACACGAAGCACGAGACGGACACGAAGCACGAAACUCACAACCCGCCAGCCCGCACGUGUCCUCACCUCACAACCUCCCACCCCCGCCGGCGUCGAAGCUCUCUACCUCCUACAACCCGCAACCCCCCCCUAGAACCUCCCUCCAUCUCUACCUCCACCCACACCUCCACCCACACCUCCACCUCUCUCUCCCACACCCACUAUGUCUACCCCCACCGAGACCACCAGCACCCCCCCGCCGCCACCGACUCCCCCUCACCCUCACCCGCGCCCGAAUCCACCGCGCCCCCACCUACCACCACAACCACAACCACAACCACCGCCCCAGAGGAGUCCUCCGUCCCCGACAUACCUGGCAUCAAGGCGGACCACAAGCUCGCGCAGAUGCUGCGCAAAGAAGUCGCCGAGAUGCUCGGCCGCACCAGCACGGGCUUCCCCGGCGCGCAGCCCGUCUCCUUCGCCGCCAAGCACCUCGAGGAGCUCAAGCGCACCGACUACUACCUGUGCGAGAAGAGCGACGGCAUCCGCUGCCUGCUGUACUUUACGCGCGACGGCGACCAGGAGGUGCACUACCUGAUUGACCGCAAGAACGACUACUACUGGGUGCGCAACCUGCACUUUCCGCUGCCGGGCGACGACACGUUCCGCGGCUUCCACACCGAGACGCUGAUUGACGGCGAGCUCGUGCUGGACGACGUGGGCGAGGGCAAGAAGCUCCUGCGCUUCUUGGUCUUUGACUGUCUCAUGCUGGACAACCAGCGCAUGAUGCAUCGCAUGCUGGAUAAGCGGUUGGGCUACGUCAUGGAGCGCAUCUACAAGCCAUACAAGCACCUCUGCAAAGCCUUCCGCGACGAAGUGCAAUUCUUCCCCUUCCAGAUCGAGUUCAAAAAGAUGGAAUUCAGCUACAGCAUCCAAUGGAUGUUCGACUCCGUCCUGCCCAAGCUCCCGCACGGCAAUGACGGGCUAAUCUUCACCUGCCGCACCACGCCCUAUAAAUGCGGCACCGACGCCCACAUCAUCAAAUGGAAGCCCGCGCUCGAAAACAGCAUCGACUUCCGCCUCAACCUCGAGUUCCCCCUGCUGCCGCCAUCCUCACCCUCCUCCUCCUCGCCCUCGCGCGAGAGCACGCCCGAGCACGACUACCACGCCAUGCCCACGUUCCAUCUGAGCGUGUUCAUGGGCGACGACGCGUACAAGAAAUGGGCGCAGAUGCACGUGACGGCGGAGGAGUGGGAGGGGCUCAAGGGGAUGGGCGUGCCGCUGGACGACGCGAUUGUCGAGUGCGCGAUGGACAAGGAGGGCAGGUGGCGCUAUAUGCGCUUCCGCAAGGAUAAGAAGCAUGCGAACCAUAUAUCGACGGUGGACAGCGUCAUGGAGAGCGUGAGGGAUGCGGUGGGCAGGGAGGAGCUGAUCGCCGUGCAGGCGGAGGUGAGGAAGGCGUGGAAGGCGCGGGCGGCGGUGGUGGCGGAUUUGGAGAGGGGGGAGGCGAGUAAGAAGGUUAGGAGGUAG